AUGCCACCACCCCACCGCGAUAAGGCGGUCGUGCGCAUUAAUGCGUUGGCGGUCUUGGAAGAUAUACAGCGGACUGGGUGGCUCAUAGAAGAGUUUAGGCGCCUCAAAAAAGAAGGAGGAAGCCGUGUGGAGCUUAAUGGACUAAAAGAAGAGAUUCAUAGAUUAAGGGAGGCGCAGAAAGCGUUCCUUGGAAACCACGAUAGGACAUGUGCCGCUGCGGCUGAAGAACCAAUAUCCAGUUCAAAGAGGAAGCGGGACACCAAAACCACGACCGCUCAACAGCCCCAUCGGAGUAGCAGCCAUGACGUCCAAACGGAGACCACACAACCGACACUGCGGGCAUACACUGGAUGUCAACUAGGUCCAGGUUUUGUGUCAGAACAGCACCCCAUAGCGGGUACUCGGUCCUCGAAGGAAUACCAAAAAAGGGGGGAUUCUGUCACAAGGCCUCCAACAUCACUGCUUUCCGACGAUUAUGAGACACGAAAACACUCAUCCGCGAUGUUCGCAGUCGUCUUAGCUGAAGCACACACCCGCCGCGAGAUAGUUCACAAGUACGAGAAGAAGCGUCUUAUCAUUGCAGCCUCCUUCCGAGAGGAAAAAAUACUAGUCUUGCUAUCAGCACAACAUGUGAGCGCACAUCUGCACCACCAACCAACAUCAGCAGGAAAAGUAAGUGGUCCCCACGGGCUGCAACAAGCAGACAAAGCAAGAGAGUCGGUGCAGUUGUCACAGCAAAGCAACAAACUAUUCACAGACCCAUGGUGCCCACCUCGAAGUACAGGGAUUGGUAAUAACCUAGAGACAAGUCACUGCUUUUCAUCAAGUAUAAUACAAGACGCACAGAAAAAAGUAAUCCACGAGCAGCGGCACAACAAGUACGAUGAACAAGCACACAAACACUACAAGAAAAGUAACAACCACAACAAUAUCAAUACAGAAGCUCCGUCUGCUUUCAACACCAUCUCGCUCAUAACGCGACAACCAGCUGCUGAAAGAACGACAAUCACAAGACAUACUCAAAGUAUACAAAACACAAACCCGGCACCAACAGAAAACAAAGCAACACAAACCCUCGCUAUACAAGCAAAAGAAACACACGAACCAACAAAACAUUUUGAAGAAAAAAGUUACAGCUCUAAAACACAAAGCCAAAAUUUUAGCGAUCGAACGGAAAUCGAACGAAAACAAACUCACACUACCUCACGGAUUGAAACAAACUACCCCACAGCACAGCACGCAUACACAAAACAAAAGGAAAUUACGAUUCACGCCUCUCAACACGCUCCAUCUCUCGAAGAAGAGGCGAGACUCAGAGCUGAAGAAGAGGCACGAAUCAGAGCUGAAGAAGAGGCACGAAUCAGAGCUGAAGAAGAGGCACGAAUCAAAGCUGAAGAAGAGGCACGAAUCAGAGCUGAAGAAGAGGCACGAAUCAGAGCUGAAGAAGAGGCACGAAUCAAAGCUGAAGAAGAGGCGAGACUCAGAGCUGAAGAAGAGGCGAGACUCAGAGCUGAAGAAGAGGCGAGACUCAGAGCUGAAGAAGAGGCGAGAGUCAGAGCUGAAGAAGAGGCGAGACUCAGAGCUGAAGAAGAGGCACGAAUCAAAGCUGAAGAAGAGGCACGAAUCAAAGCUGAAGAAGAGGCGAGACUCAGAACUGAAGAAGAGGCGAGACUCAGAGCUGAAGAAGAGGCGAGAGUCAGAGCUGAAGAAGAGGCGAGACUCAGAGCUGAAGAAGAGGCACGAAUCAGAGCUGAAGAAGAGGCACGAAUCAGAGCUGAAGAAGAGGCACGAAUCAAAGCUGAAGAAGAGGCACGAAUCAGAGCUGAAGAAGAGGCGAGACUCAAAGCUGAAGAAGAGGCGAGAGUCAGAGCUGAAGAAGAGGCGAGACUCAGAGCUGAAGAAGAGGCACGAAUCAGAGCUGAAGAAGAGGCACGAAUCAGAGCUGAAGAAGAGGCACGAAUCAAAGCUGAAGAAGAGGCACGAAUCAAAGCUGAAGAAGAGGCGAGACUCAGAGCUGAAGAAGAGGCGAGACUCAGAGCUGAAGAAGAGGCACGAAUCAAAGCUGAAGAAGAGGCACGAAUCAGAGCUGAAGAAGAGGCACGAAUCAAAGCUGAAGAAGAGGCACGAAUCAAAGCUGAAGAAGAGGCACGAAUCAAAGCUGAAGAAGAGGCACGAAUCAAAGCUGAAGAAGAGGCACGAAUCAAAGCUGAAGAGGAAGCUCGUGUCAAGGCUGAAGAAGAGGCUGUUACUCUCUUAGAAGGUAAAGAACACAUUAUCGAUCGUGUGAGAGCCCUCUCUGACGACAUAAUAAGGCAAAGCCUUAAUGAUGCCUUCUCACGGCAUAUUGCCAGUGCGCGUGCAAUGGAAGACGCCCGUCUAGAAGCUGAAGAGGAAGCUCGUCUCAAGGCUGAAGAGGAAGCUCGUCUCAAGGCUGAAGAGGAAGCUCGUCUCAAGGCUGAAGAGGAAUCUCGUCUCAAGGCUGAAGAGGAAGCUCGUCUCAAGGCUGAAGAGGAAGCUCGUCUCAAGGCUGAAGAGGAAGCUCGUCUCAAGGCUGAAGAGGAAUCUCGUCUCAAGGCUGAAGAGGAAGCUCGUUUCAAGGCUGAAGAGGAAGCUCGUUUCAAGGCUGAAGAGGAAGCUCGUCUCAAGGCUGAAGAGGAAGCUCGUCUCAAGGCCGAAGAAGAGGCUGUUACUCUCUUAGAAGGUAAACAACACAUUAUCGAUCGUGUGAGAGCCCUCUCUGACGACAUAAUAAGGCAAAGCCUUAAUGAUGCCUUCUCACGGCAUAUUGCCAGUGCGCGUGCAAUGGAAGACGCCCGUCUAGAAGCUGAAGAGGAAGCUCGUCUCAAGGCUGAAGAGGAAGCUCGUCUCAAGGCUGAAGAGGAAGCUCGUUUCAAGGCUGAAGAGGAAGCUCGUCUCAAGGCUGAAGAGGAAUCUCGUCUCAAGGCUGAAGAGGAAGCUCGUCUCAAGGCUGAAGAGGAAGCUCGUUUCAAGGCUGAAGAGGAAGCUCGUGUCAAGGCUGAAGAAGAGGCUGUUACUCUCUUAGAAGGUAAAGAACACAUUAUCGAUCGUGUGAGAGCCCUCUCUGACGACAUAAUAAGGCAAAGCCUUAAUGAUGCCUUCUCACGGCAUAUUGCCAGUGCGCGUGCAAUGGAAGACGCCCGUCUAGAAGCUGAAGAGGAAGCUCGUUUCAAGGCUGAAGAGGAAGCUCGUCUCAAGGCUGAAGAGGAAGCUCGUCUCAAGGCUGAAGAGGAAGCUCGUUUCAAGGCUGAAGAGGAAGCUCGUGUCAAGGCUGAAGAGGAAGCUCGUUUCAAGGCUGAAGAGGAAGCUCGUGUCAAGGCUGAAGAAGGGGCUGUUACUCUCUUAGAAGGUAAAGAACACAUUAUCGAUCGUGUGAGAGCCCUCUCUGACGACAUAAUAAGGCAAAGCCUUAAUGAUGCCUUCUCACGGCAUAUUGCCAGUGCGCGUGCAAUGGAAGACGCCCGUCUAGAAGCUGAAGAGGAAGCUCGUUUCAAGGCUGAAGAGGAAGCUCGUCUCAAAACUGAAGAGGAGGCUCGUGUCAAGGCUGAAGAAGAGGCUCGUUUCAAGGCUGAAGAGGAAGCUCGUCUCAAGGCUGAAGAGGAAGCUCGUCUCAAGGCUGAAGAGGAAGCUCGUCUCAAGGCUGAAGAGGAAGCUCGUUUCAAGGCUGAAGAGGAAGCUCGUUUCAAGGCUGAAGAGGAAGCUCGUUUCAAGGCUGAAGAGGAGGCUCGUGUCAAGGCUGAAGAAGAGGCUGUUACUCUCUUAGAAGGUAAAGAACACAUUAUCGAUCGUGUGAGAGCCCUCUCUGACGACAUAAUAAGGCAAAGCCUUAAUGAUGCCUUCUCACGGCAUAUUGCCAGUGCGCGUGCAAUGGAAGACGCCCGUCUAGAAGCUGAAGAGGAAGCUCGUGUCAAGGCUGAAGAGGAAGCUCGUCUCAAGGCUGAAGAGGAAGCUCGUCUCAAGGCUGAAGAGGAGGCUCGUCUCAAGGCUGAAGAGGAAGCUCGUUUCAAGGCUGAAGAGGAAGCUCGUGUCAAGGCUGAAGAGGAAGCUCGUUUCAAGGCUGAAGAGGAAGCUCGUGUCAAGGCUGAAGAAGGGGCUGUUACUCUCUUAGAAGGUAAAGAACACAUUAUCGAUCGUGUGAGAGCCCUCUCUGACGACAUAAUAAGGCAAAGCCUUAAUGAUGCCUUCUCACGGCAUAUUGCCAGUGCGCGUGCAAUGGAAGACGCCCGUCUAGAAGCUGAAGAGGAAGCUCGUUUCAAGGCUGAAGAGGAAGCUCGUUUCAAGGCUGAAGAGGAAGCUCGUGUCAAGGCUGAAGAGGAAGCUCGUUUCAAGGCUGAAGAGGAAGCUCGUCUCAAGGCUGAAGAGGAAGCUCGUUUCAAGGCUGAAGAGGAAGCUCGUCUCAAGGCUGAAGAGGAAGCUCGUUUCAAGGCUGAAGAGGAAGCUCGUCUCAAGGCUGAAGAGGAGGCUCGUGUCAAGGCUGAAGAAGAGGCUGUUACUCUCUUAGAAGGUAAAGAACACAUUAUCGAUCUUGUGAGAGCCCUCUCUGACGACAUAAUAAGGCAAAGCCUUAAUGAUGCCUUCUCACGGCAUAUUGCCAGUGCGCGUGCAAUGGAAGACGCCCGUCUAGAAGCUGAAGAGGAAGCUCGUCUCAAGGCUGAAGAGGAAGCUCGUUUCAAGGCUGAAGAGGAAGCUCGUCUCAAAACUGAAGAGGAGGCUCGUGUCAAGGCUGAAGAGGAAGCUCGUCUCAAGGCUGAAGAGGAAGCUCGUUUCAAGGCUGAAGAGGAAGCUCGUCUCAAGGCUGAAGAAGAGGCUGUUACUCUCUUAGAAGGUAAAGAACACAUUAUCGAUCGUGUGAGAGCCCUCUCUGACGACAUAAUAAGGCAAAGCCUUAAUGAUGCCUUCUCACGGCAUAUUGCCAGUGCGCGUGCAAUGGAAGACGCCCGUCUAGAAGCUGAAGAGGAAGCUCGUCUCAAGGCUGAAGAGGAAGCUCGUUUCAAGGCUGAAGAGGAAGCUCGUCUCAAGGCUGAAGAGGAAGCUCGUUUCAAGGCUGAAGAGGAAGCUCGUCUCAAGGCCGAAGAGGAAGCUCGUUUCAAGGCUGAAGAGGAAGCUCGUCUCAAGGCUGAAGAGGAAGCUCGUCUCAAGGCUGAAGAGGAAGCUCGUUUCAAGGCUGAAGAGGAAUCUCGUCUCAAGGCUGAAGAGGAUGAACAGUUGGGGGUUGAUGGUGAAGGGGCGGCAGUGUUUGGUGAUAAGCUUUUUAUUAUUGAUUGCUUGCGUUCUUUGUGUGUAAAUUUGAUAUCAGAGUGCUUCGAAGAUGCUACAUCUGUUUGUUGUGGUGGCGUUUGUAGCUUUGGUUGUGUCGUUGAUGAUGUGGCCUAUAGCGGUGAGUUGGAAUCUGUGAUGUCUAUGUCGUUGCUGGAUACUUUUCGUGGAGGUGAAGCUUGUGUUGGUGCUGCUGAGGCUGUGACGGAAUACGUGUUGUCGAGCGGAAUAAGUACCGUUGCUAUGCUGAUUAAUAACGAUGUUUGUUCUUCCGGAACUUCUGAGUUUUAUUAUGGCGGGAGCUCUACGUUGUACGGAAGCUGUGCAUUGCCAAGCCCCGACUGUGGUACCCAGGGUACGCUUAGUUGUGUCGGCGAAUUAAAUGGUGCUGGUGUUGCGUCUGUUGAUUGCGUAAUCAGUGGUUCUAGUGAGUCACCUUCUAUAUAUUCAGUGGUAGAGUUGUCUAUUGCUGAGGGUGGUGCCAAUCGUUUGGUUGAAAAGCAAGGUGAGCACAGUGGUACGGUUACGCCUUCAGACCCCUCUUUGCUGUAUAGUGCGCACGCUGGAAAUUGUGAGAAGCGGUUCACUGCGUUCAUGGUAGAUUCUGUUAUCAACUACUUGGUAGAGGGAGCGGGGACGGCAUUGGAGGCUUUAGCGCAUCCCGGUCUGCUUUCCUAUUCAACAAUUGAGAGCACUUUAAGCCAAAGUAUUAUUUCGGUUGCCGCUGCGGCGAUGGGGGAGGGGGGGCUGUCCGGAGAAUGGCGUGCGGGCCUCAGUGCUUUGGCUGAAAGGCUAGCCUCCGACUAUAUCACAGUGGCCUCAAGGGAGAAGUUGCAGCGACUGGACGAGUUCGUUUGGUAUGAGGAAGCCUUUCUAUCCUCAGAGGAGGCUCUGUCGCGGUCGGCUGGCCUCGUCUCCCCACAGUGCCUCUUUGGGAGGCUACAACCCAGUGAUAUUCGAUUUCUUGCAUACCAUUAUACAGAGCUGGUGCGCAAGGGCACCAACAAUGCGGAGGACUUUUACUGUGAGGCGCGGUUGCGCGAGAAUCUUUUCGAGCGUAACGACGGUAAUGGGGCCUUAUCAUCUUCAGCGUCUGCAUCGCUUUUGGCGGUAGGUGGAGAAGAUGGUCUGGGGAAUUCUGGGACUCAAAGGUCUCUGGGAUCGCCGUGCUAUGCAGGAAGUCGUGCCGGUACACUCGGCAUGGACAGUCGCCGUGCAGGAAUCACGCAGUUGGUGUUAGGUCAUGCUCUUGAAAAUCUGUUGGAGGAGAUGGUAGGGGAUGCCGCCAAGUGGGUUGCGUCACUUUCCGAAGUGCGAUAA